AGCAUUGACUGACCAUCAAAGUUUGAGUCUUUGUGCUAAACGAACGAGUCUCUCAUUUGAAGUGACAUUUUCUAUCCAUUUUGGGAGAUGGUUGUGGCCCUGUCUCAAGGAUUUUGGCGUUAGGGUAUGAUAAUCUUCAAGAGGAUUUUGUUUGAAUCUCAAUUCCGCCGCUCCUCCAACUCCUAACGAAUAGGAAGAAACAAUGGAGAGAAGUGGAUUGGGCUUAAGAUUUCUUCACUCGGGUACUACACCGUCUGAAGAAUCAGCUUUAGAUUUAGAAAAGGCCUACCAAAAUCAUCCCAAUAACCUGCCUUCUAGUAGUCCAGCACCACAAACUUUUACAUCAAGUGGGCAACACUCAGAGAGCAAUGCAGCCUAUUUCUCUUGGCCAACUUGUAAUCGAUUUACAGAUGCUGCUGAAGAUAGGGCAAACUAUUUUGGUAAUCUUCAGAAGGGAGUUUUACCUGAAACCCUAGGAAGAUUACCUUCUGGGCAACAAGCAACUACAUUACUUGAACUGAUGACCAUUAGGGCGUUCCACAGCAAGAUUUUGCGACGUUUCAGUUUAGGAACUGCUGUUGGUUUUCGGAUUCGUCGAGGUUUGUUGACGGAUAUUCCAGCUAUUCUAGUCUUUGUUGCCCGGAAGGUUCACAAACAGUGGUUAAACCACGUGCAGUGUCUACCAGCUGCUCUGGAGGGACCUGGUGGUGUAUGGUGUGAUGUUGAUGUAGUGGAGUUUUCCUACUUUGGUGCACCAGCAGCUACUCCAAAGGAAGAAAUAUAUAAUGAGCUUGUUGAUGGGUUGCGUGGAAGUGAUCCAUAUAUUGGCUCUGGCUCCCAGGUUGCCAGUCAAGAGACAUAUGGAACAUUGGGUGCAAUUGUAAAGAGUCGGUCAGGAAUCCAGCAGGUCGGUUUUCUCACAAAUCGGCAUGUGGCUGUUGAUCUGGACUACCCGAGCCAGAAAAUGUUCCAUCCUUUGCCUCCAAGCCUCGGACCAGGGGUUUACUUGGGUGCUGUUGAGAGAGCAACAUCAUUCAUAAGAGAUGACCUUUGGUAUGACAUCUUUGCUGGAACAAAUCCAGAAACUUUUGUUCGAGCUGACGGGGCGUUUAUUCCCUUUUCUGAAGAUUUUAACAUUUCAAAUGUUACCACAAUGGUCAAAGGCAUAGGUGAGAUUGGUAAAGUGCAUGUCAUAGAUUUGCAGUCUCCAAUCAGUAGUCUUAUUGGGAGACAAGUGGUGAAGGUUGGAAGAAGCUCAGGCUUGACUACAGGAACUAUAAUGGCUUACGCCUUAGAGUAUAACGAUGAGAAAGGGAUCUGUUUCUUCACUGAUUUUCUGGUAGUUGGUGAGAAUCAACAGACCUUUGACCUAGAAGGUGAUAGUGGAAGCCUCAUUAUCCUCACGAAUCAGAAUGGAGAGAAACCACGACCUGUUGGAAUCAUUUGGGGUGGGACAGCUAAUAGGGGUCGUUUAAAAUUAAAAGUUGGCCAGCCUCCAGAGAAUUGGACUAGUGGAGUUGAUCUAGGACGCCUUCUUGAUCUCCUCGAGCUUGAUCUUGUUACAAGUAAUGAAGGGUUCCAAGCUGCACUGCAGGAACAAAUUAAUGCAUCCGCGAUAGGUAUGGAUUCAACCGUCGGAGAGUCAUCUCCACCUGUUCGAAUGCAACUUAGAGAUAGAACAAGAGAAACCCUCGAGCCCAUUGAACUGAACCUCGAGCAAGUUCCUAUUGAAAUUGAAUGUCAAAAGGGGCAAAACUCAGAACUUGUGCAUGGUGCUAGUUUUCAAACUGACGCAGGUUUAGAAGCAACCGCCAAUAUUGAGCAUCAGUUCAUUCCAAGUUUUGCUAGUACAUCUUCAGUCCGACAAAAUAGUAGCCACGGAAAGUCCAAUACACUUGCAGCCUUGCGAAAUGGAACUGACGAAGAAGAGAUGUAUGUUUCCUUGCAAUUAGGAGAGCCUCAAGCCAAGAGAUUGAAAGAAUUGGAUACUCCUCCCCAUGAUAAGUGAAAACAUUGCUCGAGUUUAUAUUUACUACGCUAGCCAAAUGUUGCGACUUCAAUUCUCGUUAAGGCAAUUGGUGGGAUCUGUUUUGGCAGAAGGUUCUGAAAGAUUGAAGUCUAGCUUAAAGAACAAGAAUAUCUAAUAGUACUAUGUUCUUGUUCUAAUUUGGCGUGUGGACGAUUUUCAAUUCCCUUUUUUAGAAAAAGAAAAAAAAAUAUAAUGGUCUGGUAAAAUCUGUGUAAAGGAAAAACCUAUGUAAAAGUAUGUGGAAGGUACCUGUAUAUUCCUUCAUUUAUUUGUACCCAACAGUUAUGGGAUUGCUAUAAAUCCCCCAUUAAAGGGAGGGAUAUCAUUUGCCAACUGCCUUAAUAGGUGGAGUAAAAGAAUGAAUGCUUACUUAUUACUGGUACAUUGGCUUGAUUUUGGAACA